GCUGUACGACCCUUGUAGCCCUAGUCUGUCUUAGGUGAAGCUGAGAGCAAAAGAGGUGGUCAUAAUAAUCAUGUCUCGUCGACAAGGCCGGGACUCGGAAUCAAGGCGCCAUCGUUCCAGGUUCGAUGAAGAACCACCCAGUCCCAAGAGAUCUAGGAGGGAUGGCAAACCGGAAACUGAAAGACCACCUGCCAAUAGUCAUUUGGAUAAUCGAGACCAUUCGGACCGUGAUCAAAAGCACCGUCGUCGUCUACAGGAUGCUUUACCUCUUGAGGCCUCAUCAGAACAGGAUUCUAAAGUAGGAGGAGCAGCUUUGAGCAAAGAAAAAUCUGACAAAGCUAGUUUAGAUCAUGAAGGAACCAAGGUUUCUUUGGAUCCGAAGGAUAUACCUCGGUCACGGUCAUACUUUCAGCACGAUGACCGUGGUAAUGCCGGGCAAGUUAGUAGAAGUUUUGGUCGGAGAGCAGCUACAGAGCGUGGAUGGUGGAGGGAUUCAAAGGAGCAACAGAGCGAAAGGGGGAACAGGAUAUCUACUGGUGACGUUCAGAAGAAAGAUGAUCGGGCACCUAGAGUUCAUGGAGAAGUCAAUGAUGCUUGGCGCCAUGAUAAGUACUUUCAAGUGGAGGCAGAUCCCAAACAACCUGCAAAGAAAAGGUCAUUCAGGGAACAGAAGGAUCAGGAUGAUUCUGGGAAGGCUGGCAAAGAAGUGGAAGAGCUUUUGAAGCCAAACCCUGAAGAGAAUCCCGUGUCAGAGAGUGCAAGAAGGGAUGAGAGAGGAGGCUACACCUCACGUCAUUCAGACAGGCCUGAGCAAGGGUUUGCUGGGGACAGGGAGGCAAACAAAGGUGAUGCGUGGAGAAGUCACUUCUCAUCAAGAGAUAGGUAUGGCAACCGUCCUGGAAAUUACAGGGGGAGAGAUCGAUUCACAGCAAGGCAGGGGUAUCGUGCAACAACAAGAGGCCGUGUUGAGAAAUGGAAACAUGAUCUCUAUGACGAGGCCAAUAGGAGUCCUAGUCCAAAAAAUGAAGAAGAUGUCGUUGCAAAAGUUGAAGCACUCUUGGCUUCAUAGCAAAAUAUUGCUUGAAAAGUUGGGAGUGCAAUGAAGAUAGAAUUGUCGUUUGCAUAGAAAGUUUCGUGUUUUCUUGUUCUUCCGCUGCUUUUUGGGUGUCCCAACCUCACUACUGCUCAAGAUGCUGAAAUAUGAAAAUUGUACUGUUCUUGUUUCGUAAUUUGAUUCUGGUUCCUAGCAUAGCUAAUA